AUGACCAAGCGCACAAAGAAGGUCGGCAUCACCGGAAAGUACGGUACCCGCUAUGGUGCUUCCCUCAGAAAGCAGGUCAAGAAGAUGGAGGUGACCCAGCAUGCCCGCUACACUUGCACUUUCUGCGGCAAGGUUACUGUCAAGAGACACUCUGUCGGCAUCUGGGACUGCAAGUCUUGCAAGAAGACUGUUGCCGGUGGCGCUUACACCGUCUCCACCCCUGCCGCCGCUGCCACCCGCUCGACCAUCCGUCGUCUGCGCGAGAUUGCUGAGGUUUAA